AUGUCAAAAGUUAAUAAUCCUACUAGUAGUAAUAACUUGAAUUUGAAUGUGAAUGAAAAUGACGGUGUUGUUGGAAAUUGGUAUAGUUCAAUUGUUCAUCAAGUUUCAAUCUAUGGUGUUGCUGCUGGUUACUGUUUAUCUGCAUCUUUACUGUCAAUUAUCAACAAAUGGGCUGUCAUGAAAUUCCCUUACCCGGGAGCUCUUACCGCUUUACAGUACUUCACGAGUGCCGCCGGGGUUUUUCUCUGCGGAUGGCUUAAGCUUGUCGAACAUGACAAGCUUGAUCUGAUGACGAUGUGGCGGUUUUUACCGGCUGCUGUGAUUUUCUAUCUGUCUCUUUUUACCAACAGUGAGUUGUUGUUGCAUGCCAAUGUGGAUACUUUCAUUGUGUUCCGAUCGGCUGUUCCGAUUUUCGUUGCGGUAGGGGAGUCGGUGUUUUUGCAUCGACCGUGGCCGUCUUUGAAAACAUGGGCUUCGUUGGGUACGAUUUUUGCGGGAAGUGUGCUUUAUGUUGCGACAGAUUAUCAGUUUACUUUCGCGGCUUAUAUGUGGGCGGUGGCGUAUUUGGUUAGUAUGACGAUUGAUUUUGUUUAUAUAAAGCAUGUGGUUACGACAAUUGAGUUGAACACUUGGGGUCUUGUGUUGUACAAUAAUAUUGAGGCUCUUAUGCUUUUUCCGUUGGAGUUGUUGAUAAUGGGUGAGUUGAAGAAGAUAAAGCAUGAGAUCAGUGAUGAGUCUGAUUGGCACUCGUUUUCGGUGGUUUUGCCUGUGGCGUUAUCGUGCUUGUUCGGUCUUGCAAUCUCGUUCUUUGGAUUUUCGUGCCGCAGGGCUAUUUCUGCAACUGGAUUUACUGUUCUUGGUAUAGUGAACAAGUUGUUGACAGUUAUGAUUAAUUUGGUGAUAUGGGAUAAGCACUCGACGUGGAUCGGUACAUUGGGUCUUUUGAUUUGUAUGCUAGGCGGGGUUCUGUAUCAGCAAUCAACAAGUAAACCAAAAGAUGUAAAGCAGGUAACUGCACAAGAAAACGAGGAGGAACAACUAAAGUUGCUUGAAAUGCAAGGCAAUUCUGAGACCAAUAUUACUGAUAUCGAAGAUAAUAAAUCAAGGGAGGGAAAUUGA